AUGGCAGUAGCAGCACUGCAAGGAGAUAUCGUCUCCGCUCUUCGCCAAAAUUGGAGAUUUGCUGCUAUUUGUCAGUUUCUGUUCACUUUUGAAGAGGCACUUGAGCUUGGAGGGUUUCAAACCCAACGCUUGGAAGCUGCCUUCAAGCUAAACCAGACGAGCUAUUUAUCCUGGCUUUUUGCACUACUUCUCCGGUUUCUGACCCAGGAUAAGUCUAUUACCGAAACGACAUGGGAUGAUUCGCUUCGUUAUCAGUGGAAUCUACGCGCCAAGCCUGGGCAACAAGCUCCGUUAGGCACGGUAGAUGAGCCUAUACCAUGGGAUGAUCUCGACAUUCAAGAUAAGCUUUUGUGUUUGCAUGAGCUCUGUGAGUGGCAAAUGGAGGAUCCUGAGCGCCUUCGUCGCAAGCUUACUUCCGAAGAUGAUGCUGUGAGCUGGCAGCGUGUGGAUCCUGCUGGCUGGGAUCGGAAUGGAAACACAUAUUGGCUCUUUGACGACAACCGUCUAUGGAUUCAACGCGUACCGCCAAAACGUGUGCCAAAACGUACCAAGGCAGCGCCACCGCCAAAGAAGCGGAAGAUUGCAAAGCCAGCCUUGCCGCCUCCUCGACCUGCUGGCCGAAGGUCUUCACGUUUGAAUCGUGGGGUAGACAAUGAGGGAUGGGAGGCGGUGCCGGCUGAUAUCCUGCCACCUCCAAAGAAAGAGACGUCAGAAAAAGACCUGUUUGAUUCUGAUUCGGAUCUGUCACUACCACCUGACGAGGAUACGGACGCCUCCUCCUCGUGGCUUGAAUUUGAGACUAUUUGUGUCACCAAGCCAGAAUGGGAGGCCUUCAGUGCCAAGUUCGCAGCGUCCAAGCACCCUGACGAGAGGCAGCUUUACAAAUAUAUCACAAAGGAGGUCCUGCCGAAGGUCCUGGAAGUGAUCCAGGCCGAGGAGAAAAAAGCUGCGCUGGAAAUUGCCAUGUCCAACCGCAAGCGAAGCAGUCGUAUUGCUAUGCGUGAUAGUGAACGCGAACAACGCGAGAAGGAAGAGGCUGAAAUACGCGAACAACGUGCGCGCGCUGCGGCUGCACUCAAGGCAGAAAGGGAACGUGGGGCACGGGCACUUGCAGAAGAGCAAGCUCGGAAAGAGCGUGAAGUCCGGGUGAUGAGCCGAGGUGAACGUUUGCUAGCUCGUGAGAGGCUCAUUCAAGAACGAGAAGAAGCGAAGCGUCGCCAAAGUCAGGAGCCAUCGGAGCCUACAGAGUCGUGGCAUCUUCGCUGUGAAGUUUGCCGAGCGGAUGUCAUUGACCCACCUGAAUCUCAGGAUGUAGUGGCGUGCGAGAAGUGUGGUAUUUGGCAACAUACAGGCUGUUGGGAUGCUCUCGACCGCCAAGAGGGCAGGACGCCACGUUCAUGGAACUCUGUUGAUUUCCAGUGUCGCUCGUGCGAUGACGAUCAGAAACCUGCUGUGGUACCUCUAGGCCAGCCAUUGCCUGUGCCUCAGGCGCGUCAAGGCAAUACGCUGAAGGAGUCGGACGACGUGCCUCCUUUUCACCCUAUGAAAGAGACGGAUGGGUCGGGGCCCACUACCAACAGAAUGUAUCAGUUGGGGAUGACAAGUGCUGCGGCUUCUGCCUCACCCAUGGUGCCUGCCCCUGUCUCUUUGCCCAGCCCGAGAACAGGACUUGGCACUUUUGGUGGCUCGCCUAUGGCUCCCCCUCGCUUGCCAAGCACACCCGGGUCAAGCAGUCCACAAAGAUCGCAACCGACAUCGCCCCAGCAUGCUUUUAGUCCGUUUCAGCGUAAUAUGAGCCCCCGUGGCGCUUUCCCUCUGCGAAGUUUGCAUGUCAAAUCGCCAUUGUCGCGUGCGGUAGAUAUGACGGAUGUGCCUACGCCCAUGGCGCUUGGCCCCCCCAUGACGUCAGCGCCGAAACCAAGUUCGGAGGCAAAGCCAGCUACUUCGACAGAAGCUUCUUCGACUCUGAUGAAUCACACGGUCUAG